ACUGAUAUGGUGUGGAUAUUUUUGGUAGUGAAAAUAAUAUCAGAUGGGGGAAUAAAGGUUUCAUUAGCAGUUUUUGAUAAAUGCUUCAUUUUAGAAUAAACACUGAUGCCCCCGUGCGGCAGCUUAUGGCGAGCGAUGACGCUUCUCAAAUUCAUAUAAAAAAACAGUUGAUAUCCAAAGAAAGGCCUUCACACAAGGAAAACGCCUGUGAAAUAUGAAAGCUUUAUGAGUACUGUUGUUCGAAAGUAGUUACCAAGGUUAAAUUUUCUUAAAAGUGGUUCAAACUCUAAGGUCAGAGUGAAAAAAAUAUUUAUAAUUAUUGAAUGUCUUCUCACAAUAAAUCAUGUGAUGUACUAAAGGCCUAGUAUCAGCUGUUCAAAAAUUAACAGGUUAAAGUUUGAUAUUUUUUUGCAAAAGUGGGUAAAAGUCCCAGGUCAAGAGGUUAAAUUUGUUCGAACUCAAGAGAGGAAAACAUUUAUGAAAAAAUAAAGCAUUAGCCCCAUCCACUCAAUAGUUAUGUGCAGUAUUCAAGAUACUGCGGACAAACAGACAAACGGAUGCACAGAAUACAGGCCAUUUACAGUUUAAAUAAAUAAUGUUAUGAUUUUCUUUAAUUUUAUUGCAAAGGUAAUACUUCAAAACAAAAACUAAUGUUAGAAUAUCUUCAGAUAACUUCUUUCAACUUGAAUAGCCAGUGGUCAAGCACGUUGAUCCAGGCCAGCUAAGAGUUGGAUUCCGCAGAUAGAGAGUUCAACCUCAGGUUUGGUAGUUAAUGGGUUCCCUUGGAUUGCGAAUUUUUUUUAUAUUCUGCUUUUAUAUAUUAAUAAUCGUGAAGCUCUUUUGUUAAUGAAAUACAUAUACAAACAUGCAUGCAAAUAGAAAUCGCUUCAUUAUUCCUUCCUUGAUAUAAAAUUGCACUUAUGUAAUACAUGUUGUUCAAAUUUCAUAUGAUUAAGAUCCAGAUAAUGAUUGAUCUCCCUAGCUGUUUUAUGUCAAAAAAUGUACAAAAUAAUAUAACAAAUUUUAAAACAUUUGUUCCGUCUUUCAAGUUACCAGUAGGUAAAGGUACCUCAUCUGGUCAUUUUCAACAGAAUCAGGCAAAACAGAAAAAAAAGUGAACCAGGAAAAAAGUCAACAAAUUAUCAAUAACUAUUGUGGAUUAAUUUAUGAUUUUUAUCUAGGCAAAGUUAAUUUGGGAAUAUAUUGCGCAAUUUUAAUUUAUUAAUUAAUAACAUUAUUUGAGUUUGGGGGUACGUGUAGAUGGGCUAUAAGCUCAUUAGUUGACAUUAAGAAGUGAAAUUAUUCGAGGUUACAAAGCAAAAAUCUACUUCUUCAUAUUCCAUAUAUAUUUUAUUAUUCUGUUCAUUCUAGGUUUGAAGUAAUUGUUUUAUAUGUAUCAUUUUUAUUUUGUUAAGUUUAAUUUUCAUUGAAAAUUAUUUUGCUACUGUAACAAUAUAUAAAUAUGAAGAAAUUUUGCAGUUUUGGGAAUAUUGAGAGUCUACUGUGAAUACAAAUGUAGCGGAUUGGGCAAAACAUUGACAUGAGAAUAUUUUAAUUGAUUAAAUACAGCUUUAGUUUUCAGGUACCCUACUGCUAUAUAUCAUUUGAUUUAAAUGAAGGCAUAGUAUAGGCUACCCUUUUUAAAAACAAAAACAUUUCACUUUAUGAUCUCAAAGCAAUAAAACCCUUUUUAAAAGAGGACAAAUCCAAGAAUACUAUUACUGGUCCAUUUCUUUUCUAGGGAAAAUUUUUUAACUGGAUAUCAUCUUUAUUUCCGAGUAUUUCUCCUUAUGUGUUAAUUAUAUGCUUAAAAGUAUAUCCCUUCGUUUAAUGAUAAAUGUACAAAUAAGAUAUUCAUUCGCAAUUAGCUGAUAGAAGGAUGAAUCAACAAAGGUACACUCGUUAGGAUAUUGUAUUGGGUUAUUAGAAUGGGGUAAUUUUUGAAACGAUGAAAACAUGUCUCAAUUCUAACAACUUUAUGUUUUUUAGUUAAUUUUACAACCAAUAAAAAACAAGUGGGACAUUAAGUGAUUACAAUAAAACAUAAUGUGUUGUACCUAAAUAUAACUUCCAGGUAAUUUUCAGUUGUAAUGUGGCUUCAGAUAUAUAUAAAGAUAUUUUAAAUGAAAUAUAGGGAAACUUUACGGUGUUCUCUUAGCACGAUUAAAAAUAAAUUAAGCGUUAAAAAUACAACUUUAGAAACCUCCCCUUGAAAUAGUUUACUAGUUAGAGAAAAAAUAGGAAUUAAAUUAAAUGCCAUAUAUUUUUGACGCCAAUUCCAAGUGUCUGCCACUUGUAUAAGCAUCAAAAUUACACCGAUUAAUAUUGUUAAGCAUUUAAUAAUAUUUCCUCUCUUUCCAAAAUAACAAUAAUUAGAGAGCUUUUAUGGAGCAUUGAAAUGUAGAAUAAAAAAGUAGGAUAAAUAAAAAUCCAGAUACAUUUCAUAUCAAAUUACAAUUUUUAUCAUUUUCUUUUCAGAGCACUUUUUUGCUGAUGUUCAAAAGAUCCUGUAUAAAUUGUACAUCAAAAAAAUAAUGUCCAUUUGAAGUACUCAUUUUCCAUAAAAAAAAUAACCAAGUAUUUCGACCGAUUGUGCCAAUGACAAAAAUACAAAGAAGUUUAAAGAAAUAAGAUAAAAUCAAUAAUUCUGAUGGAGAGGCAUCGGGUCAAGAGACAAAAUCUACAUAGAGACAACAAAACCAAGAAAAUCAACCGGGUAAUAUAACAAGCCAAGGACAAUCAGAUCAAAGACAUGGACCUCCAGGUCAAGAGAAUUCACGUCAAGGAUACUCAGGUCAAGGAUAUCUAGUUUGGGACAAUCAGUCCAGAUCAUGGCCAUUGGAGUGGACAAGCUCAGGGGAAAUUAAAUAUUCACUUCUGGCCAAUACAUACAAUCAUUACUCAUUACAAUGAUAAAAAAACAUUUCGUGUCUGAUUUUUAUGCCUUUUUCUACUAUAAUUUUGUAGUAUAUAUAUUUUCAUUCUAUAAAUAAUUAUUUUUCAGUGUUGUGAGAUUCAUAAUUGGCUCUGCACCAAAGAAUCGUACCACAUAGCACUACAUCUGAAAUACUUCCAAUCUGAGGUCAACACAGUCACGUCAAAUUGAUUUAUAAUGUUCAUGUAAAAACGAUUAUGCAAGUAAAUGAAAGUAUCAUAAUUUUGUGUUUUGUAUUUCUUUGAGCAUGCAAUAAUAAGGUAUUUAGAUGGCGCAAGCGUAUGUAGGUUUUCCGAAUGAAACAGUUAUCAUAUGUGGUUCAAAAGUUAUUCGAAAUAACCAAGAUACUCGUAAAAGUAUGGAUUGAAUUCAUAUACUGGGUUUGCAUGUUUUAAAAUAGGAAUAAGCUGAUAAAGCUUAACAGUAAAACUCAUAAUUCAGUCAAAACAGAGUUAUAUAUUUACUCAUGUAAGGACUGGUAUAUAGUUUUAUUUGUUAACUUAAUAUAUCAAAACAUGCAUGCUGUACAUCUGUUUUCUUUGAAUGUCAAUGCAUUAUUUAAAUCUGUUUCUCAUAAAACACAUGUAAACACUUCUGUCCUAGAAUAGAAGUCAACAGGCCUAUAUUGAGUCUGAGUUAUUUUCUAAAUGUUUCUUUUUUUCUAGACGUUCCGGAAAUAGAAACGGUCAAAGUAGAGAAGGGACUUCCGGUGAUUACUAUAGCCUACAUUAUCACUGUUCCAGGGCUUUUAAUUCUUUGUUUCGGAGUUAACUUCAUCUCUUAUAAAUGGGGGAUGAAAAAAGGCCAGAAGAAGGAACGUAAACGUUAUUUGCUUCGGUCGAAGGAAAACGCACAAGGGGGCGAUUACCAGCAUUAUUUCAAUGAUGUAGAAGAAAUGAAAGCGCGAUCUUUACGUACAAGGGGAUAUCCGGUCGCCGAGUUUCAGGACCCGUCACACGACUAUGCUGAUUAUGACGAAAUAAAAGAUCAGAAAUUUGAGGCCAUGUUGGCAGAGGAAAAAGGGUAUUCUACAGCAGAAUACGAAAGUCGGAAUCGGCCAUUGCCUCCAAUUAAAGCAGACGAUGAUGGGUAUAGUGUUCAUGUAGAUGAUCCGUCCCCAGAACAAAAAAACAGCAGCACAUCCAAUGGAUCCUCUUCACCACCAGGAAAUGGAGGCUAUCUUUCUCCUCUACAAGAAGAAAAGGAAGCAGAAGAGAGAUUAGUGUCCACCAACAGCGAUUCUAGUUCAAACAAAUCGGAAAAAUCGGAAAAGUCAAGAAAAUAUCAAAAUGAACCGCCUUGCGAUUCGUCGUCUGAACCAAUAACACCUUAUGAGUUAAUUAAAAAUACCGAGGACAGUAAGGAUCAUCAGUACAUAAAACUUAAAUCUAGCACAUCCUAGUCUAGUACUAACAUUUUUAUUUAAAGCUAUUCUUAAUCUUAACAUAGACAACUUUGCCUAUGACAGUCUUUAUUUUUGUGUUUGAUCCAGUACAAAUACACAGUGUAUAUGUAUUAAUGUAAUUAUUGGAAUAAAAGUGAAGGAAGCCA